AUGGUGAUUACGCGUAGUAACAACGGAGAAUCAUCGAAGCGUCGCAAGGAUGAACAAACAACCCAGGGGGCCACAGAAGAGGCCUCCGGGGGCGACUCAGCCGCUAGUGGUUCAACAAACACCACUAGCGAAACCACAACGGUCAGCGAUACGACCGCUACCUCGGCAACCGAUAGAACAACCGCAACGGAAGAAACCCAGCAAGAGGGUGAUCAAAGAUCGCAGUGCACAUUGAAGCCCGGCGAGACUAGGUCACGCCGCUCCGUAGCCUCACGCAAGAGACUCCUCGCGGAGUUAGAGGCGAAAGAGCGGUUAGCCGAACUCAGGCUCGAGCAGGCUCAGUUGCAAGCAAGAACAGAAUUGCAAGAAAUACACGUGCAGCGACUACAAGCAGAAGCCGGAUCAACCGAUGAAGAUGAAGAAAUAGAAGACGAUUUGGCAUCAGUGCGCAUUAGUACAUGGUUGCAAGAAAAACCUACAUCGCAACCCGCGCCUCAGCCCGCGCCACAACCCGCGCCACAACCCGCGCCACAACCCGCGCCGCAGCCCGCGCCGCAACCCACGUCGUACUUCGCGCCGCAACCAGCACUGCAGAUCGCACCACCCGUACUUCAACAGUGUGCGCCGCAAUACGCUCCGCAACAUACCGCGCCGCAGAAAGAAGACUAUGGACAGGCGCAGCAGCAAAUCGACGUCGCUACCUUAGCCGCUGCUCUAUCACAAGCAGUACGAAGCACAAGGGAGCCGCCGAAAUAUAUACAAGAGCUGCCCUCAUUCAAUGGUAGCAGCAAGGAGUGGCUCAGCUUCAAGACAAUGUACGAAGAAUCUUCAAAGUACUUCACGGCGAACGAAAACAUAGCGAGAAUACGCCGAAGCUUAAAAGGGACAGCAAAAGAAGCCGCAGGUUGCCUACUUAUAAGCCAACCAGAUCCCAGAAUUAUAAUAGAAGCUUUGGAAAGGAGAUUCGGACGACCAGAAGCGUUAAUUCACUUGGAAAUAGAGAAGCUGAAGCUGCUGAACAAAGUUACGGACAAUCCCAGGGAGCUAUGCAUAUUCGCAAAUCGCAUAGCGAACGUAGUGGGCACCGUGGAAGCACUCAAGAAAGCACACUAUCUGCAUAGUCCAGAAAUGACGCGAGUUAUCACAGACAAACUCACGCCCAUAUUGAAAAGCAAAUGGUACGACUAUGCAGCCAGAAAGAAAGAAGAUAUCCCAGAGCUUAAGAAGAUAUCAAUGUUCUUAAACGAAGAAGCGGAUAAAUGCAGCGCGUAUGCCUUGCCGGAGUUCAUCGCAGAGGACAGCGAAACGAGAGAGCGAAGACCGAGAAAAAUAGAACGUGCCUUCGCCACAAGCAAGAAACCAUAUGAAGAACGCUGCCCUCAAUGCAAACAAGAACACAAACUGCCCGAUUGCAAGUCAUACGCCGCUCUGUCCACAAAUGACAGAUGGGAAGUAGCAAAGAAGUACAAUAUCUGCUACCGCUGUCUGCGAGGCAAACAUCGUCGAUUACUGUGCAAAGCUCCACCGUGCGGAAAAGGCGGAUGCAUGAUGAAACACCAUAAAUUGUUGCAUCACGACAGAACAGCAGUAAUGGAAAAAGAACCCGCUAUGGAAACCGCAACAUCGGCAAAGGAGGUCAACACAGCGACUCGACCGUACAAGCACCGCCGCGCUUACCUAAAGAUUGCGCCCGUAACAAUAAGGGGGCCGCUAAGCUGCGUCGAAACAUACGCAUUAUUGGAUGAAGGGAGCACGGUCACCUUAGUCGAUGCCUCAAUCGCCGACGUCAUCGGCGCCGACGGCCCAGCCCACACAAUGUGGAUACAAGGGGUCGGCUCGGAGGUGAAACACGAGAAGAGCAAGAUCGUCAGCUUUAAAAUAAGAGGAACGUACGCGCAAGAAGAACACAACAUAGAAGCAGCGCGUACUGUAGAGCGGUUGGACUUCGCGCCAGAAUCCGUGAAUGAAGAUCACUUGGGGAAUUGCCCACAUCUGUUGGAUAUCAAAGAGGAUAUCACCUACGAACGCGCCUCACCGAAAGUACUAAUCGGGCAAGAUAACUGGCACCUCAUAGUGUCUAGAAAACUGCGCGUCGGCCGUCGAGACCAACCAGUCGCCUCAUACACCAACCUGGGCUGGGUUCUGCAUGGCUGUCAUAGCUCAUUGACGUCGACGGUCACCUUCUGCGGCAGACUACAUCAGAGGGAAGAUGCACCACCGAUAGAAGAAGAAAUAAAAAAUUAUUUCAAAUUGGAGUCGCUGUGCAUCGAGCCGAGAAGACCGAAAGAAGAUCCCGAGCAGCGAGCCAUGCAAAUAUUGGACGAAACCAGCCAGAGGUCAGCGGACGGCAGAUUCGAGACAGGGUUGUUGUGGAAACAAAAGGACUUCCAAAUACCAAAUAAUUAUAAAGAAGCGGAAAGGCGCCUGCACACCUUAGAGAAGAGGCUCGACCGAGACAGCAAUCUCAAGCUACAGUACGAAGAACGCAUCGAGAACCUCUUCAACUCGGGUUACGCAGAGCGCGCGCCAAUGCCACCGCCGCAAGGAAGGACAUGGUAUCUGCCACACUUCCCAGUCAUCAACCCUGCGAAACCGAACAAGCCGCCGAGAUUGGUACACGACGCCGCAGCGAAGACAGCUGGAAUAUGUCUCAACGAUAUGCUUCACUCGGGGCCCGACUUAUUACAAUCACUGCCCGGAGUGAUCAUGAGGUUCCGACAGUAUCCGUAUGCAGUGAGCGCCGAUAUAAAAGAAAUGUUCAUGCAGAUUAAAGUGCGCAAAGAAGAUAGAGACGUUUUACGUUUCUUGUGGAGAGGCAAGCGGCGGGAGGACCAACCGGAGGAAUAUAGGAUGACGUCAAUCAUCUUUGGAGCGACAUCAUCACCAUGCACAGCAUUAUACAUCAAAAAUAAAAAUGCUGAAGAACAUGCAGAAGCGUACCCAGAAGCUGCGGUCGCCAUAAAAAGAAACCAUUAUAUGGACGACUACUUGCAGAGCUUCCACUCUGUCACGGAAGCUCAGCAAACUGUAAAAGCAGUCGAUCACGUCCACAAACAAGCGGGAUUCGUACUCAGCGGGUGGACAUCGAACGAAGAAAAAACAUUAGAAGAAAUAACGACAGAGCAUAGACAACACGACGCGACCGUGUGCCUGGGCGGAAAAGAAACUGAGAAGACGCUAGGGCUGCUCUGGCAUGUACAAAGCGAUCAUAUUGGAUUCAAUACUAACAAUAUGAAGAUGCCUGCCGACGUAAAAGAAAAACAACGCUUGCCAACUAAACGAGAAGCGUUGAGCGUCAUAAUGGCAUUAUUUGAUCCGCUGGGGUUAAUAUCACCGGUGACCACCCCAGCGAAGAGAAUAUUUCAAGACACAUGGCGUUACAAGGCGGACUGGGACGACCCUCUGCCAACAGAAUUAAAAGAAAAAUGGGAAGGCUGGAUUACUUCACUUAACGCCAUAGAACAACUAAGAAUACCGCGAUGCUACGAUUACAACCCGGUGUCGACGCGCCAACUACACACAUUCGUCGACGCAAGCGAGGAGGCCUACGCAGCAGCAGUGUAUUGGAGAACGGAGCGAGCAGACGGCAGCGUUAACAUAUCAUUGGCCGCCGCCAAGAGCCGCGUAACACCACUGAAACCAGUUUCCAUACCACGGCUCGAGUUACAAGCGGCACUGCUGGGAGCUCGUCUUGCGCAGACCGUGAUCGAUGAACACGAUGGCGACAUAGCAGGCAAGACAUACUGGUGCGACUCCCGUACUGCACUGGUGUGGAUAAGAUCGGAGCCUCGCGCGUACAAAGCUUUCGUCGCUCAUCGCCUGGCGGAGAUAGAAGAUACGACCAAAAAGAACGAAUGGCGUUGGCUACCGUCUAAAGAAAACGUGGCAGACGACGCAACCCGAGCCACACCAGAAGGGUUCGACGAGUCGCACCGAUGGUUCCGAGGGCCCCCGUUUCUGCAGCGUCCACCGGCAGAAUGGCCGCAGGAAGAGAAAACGACACAAUAUGACACCGGGGAAGAGCGAGAAAUAUGUAACAUCGCUGUUAAAAGUGAAGACUCGACAACAACACAUCUUCCACAGAUAGGAAGAUUUUCUAAAUGGAUUCGGCUCAUAAGGGCGACAGCGAGAGUCCUCCUAUUCAUCGACAUGUGCAGACCAAACAAGCACGUAGUGAAGGCUGGGCGUAAACGCAACAAAGCAAGACAAGGUAGCGACCCUGGCUGGCAGAGAACAAACAAACGCAACACCCCCGCCAAGGAGAAAAAGGCGACUCCUACUGCCUCAUCGCUUGUAGGAAUACCGGCCGCUUAUCAUAUGAGAGCCGAACAACUGUGGGUGCAAGCCAGUCAGCGGGAAAGCUUCACGAAGGAGCUCAAGAGAAUCACCAGCGGAAAUGUUCCGGGAGGCGACGACAAACUAGGCCACCUGAGCACAUACAUUGAUGAAGAGGGGACCCUACGCCUCAGAGGUCGAAUAAAAGCGGCAUCAGAAGUGGAGGACGACAUGUACGACCCUCCCAUAUUAGACGGGAAGCACGCAUACACUCGCCUGUACAUAGCACACGUACACGAGAGGCUGCAUCACGGAGGCGUAGAAACAGUUGUGAAUGAAUUAAGACAGAGAUUGUACGUAAGAAAAAUACGUCCAGUAGUGAAAACUGUCGUCAAAGGAUGCCUGCCGUGCCGUCUAAGAAAAGCCAAGCCUGCAUCACCGUCUACAGGAAACCUGCCGUCCGCACGCCUCGCUCAUCACGCACGUCCGUUCACAUACACCGGACUAGACUACUUCGGGCCAAUAGAAGUCACAGUGGGACGACAUCGCGAAAAGCGCUAUGGCGCGUUAUUUACCUGCAUGACGUCGCGAGCAAUACACAUAGAAGUAGCCCACUCGUUGAGCGCAGACUCAGCCGUGUCGGCACUUAGGCGUUUUAUGAGCAGAAGAGGAUGCCCAAAAGAAAUAUGGAGUGACAACGCUACGUGCUUCAAGGCAGCAGACAAGGAGAUGGCCGAAGCAGCACUUGCAGCCCUCGAGCACGAAACCACGUGUCAACAGAUUGUGUGGAAGUACAUACCGCCAUCAGCACCGUUCAUGGGCGGCGUAUGGGAGCGAAUGGUUCGCUCCGUAAAAGAAGCCCUACGCGUCACCCUCAACGAGCGCUAUCCCAGCGACGAAACAUUGGGGACCCUGCUCGCCGAGGUCGAAAAUACUGUAAACUCCAGACCUCUCACACACGUCUCAGUCGACCCAGGAGACCCUGAAGCCAUCACGCCGAAUCACAUCCUCAUCGGUCCCAACUCGCACGUACCUGCGCCGGGACACUUCAGCAAGAAUGACGUGACGGCCCGCCAGCAAUGGAAACGAGCUCAAGCCCUAGCCGACGUGUUUUGGAGAAGAUGGGUUAAAGAAUACCUGCCCCUACUCCAACACCGGCGGGAGCCCAGCAGCAUAGGAGUAUCGCCGAAGAUUGGAGACCUAGUCAUCAUUUGUGACUCCAAUCUACCACGCAACACCUGGCCCAGAGGGAAAAUAAGUAAGGUAUAUCCUGGCGUCGACGGAGAGGUACGAGUAGUGGACGUAACCACCGGCAGUGGGCACAUACUAAGAAGACCAACGAAGAAGAUCGUCGUGCUACCAGAGGGAUCGCAGCGUGGCGACGGCGGGAGAAUGUGCACGACGCAACAAUAUUAA